AUGCCAUCAACUCCGCAUGGCGCCAACGGUAUCAGCUACAAUCAUCAUGUGACUCAAUCUAGUCAGCCAAAUCCUUCUUCUCGGUCUGCAACAGCUAACAACACAAACAUGUCUUCCAACGCCAAUGUUAUGCAUCCUUCAUCGCCAUCUGCCGCUCUCUCAGCCCAGCAGUCCCUCGGAAAGGAUAAGCAUCUGCUCACCUCACCUCAUAAGCUCAACAUUGGCGUACCUCCAGCUACGACUCCAAAGACGCAUCAGAGCUUGAAUGCAUCUACAAACGGCCAGCAAGGUCACCAGCACCAGCCACCUCAUCACAAUGGCGCCGCUAACGGCACUCUUACGGCCGAUGCCAAAGGCAAGCAAAGACAGGUGGACCCCAUCCAGAACAUCCCCUUAGUACAGCUCGAGCAGGAGUUACCGCUAGAGGAGACUGAUCUCGUCUCGCUCGCAGCAUUGGUCGAGAGGCUGGCAAACUACGGCUACGAAUCACUUCAGAACCUUGCAGAGACAUUGCCGUCACUACCGUCUUCCUCCAAACGUGCAAAGAUCUUCAACACAGCUCUCGAUGUCCGCAAGCAGUUCAUCAAGCUUCUUGUUCUUUCACGCUGGUCCAAAGAUGUCACCGACCUGCAAAAGGCACGCAACAUCAUUGCGCUUCUCUCCGAACAGCAGUGGCAGCAUGAAGACGUGUUUGCUGGUCUCACUGACAUUCGCAAGAUCUUGCCCAAUGCUCGCAUGAGAAACGCUGACCUCCCCACCGCUAUCGAUGUUCUGCAGACUGGCACCUACCGACGACUGCCGUCCAGCAUCAAGGACAUGGCCGUCGCACCAAAGCCUUUCACAGACAAGCAAGCGCUUGCCAUUGUCGCACGACUCGAAGAUGCCCUUCGCACACGCAUGGCUUGUCGCGAAUACAUUCCCGCGCCUCUCUCCGACUAUUCGAUACGAGAUGGCCAGGUUCACUUUCGUGUACAGGGUCUCUUUGAGGCUGCGCUCACCGCUAGCAGCGGAGGUCGGGACGAGGAAGCAGAUUCGCAUGUCCAGUCUGCGAUGUCAGGGGCCGACGAAGCCGCUACCAUUGGUGACGCCAGUGUCGAGGACAGGUGGUGGUUGCUCGACCUCAGCUUUGACGUCACUCCGACUGGCUCAUGUGCAGCCUCUAGCUCGCGCAUGUUUCCGAAGAAGCCCAAGAAAGCCUACCGAGAGCGUUUGCGUAUUUGGGGUGACCAGGAGCUGGCGCCAAGACCGCAGGUUCAGAGCUCGGACGAAGCCAAGACAGAACAGACUGAUGUAGCCCCGCAGCAGGCAGACCUAGCCGAAGAGCCGAAAGGAGCAGAAGAGGAUCAAGACAAAGUGCAAAACUCCGACCCGACAGUUGCAUCAACAGAAGCCGCCCAGGACGGACAAACAGAUAGAAAAGAAAGUAAAGAACGUGACGCAUCCUUACUGAGGCUCUUCGCUUUCUUGCAAGAGCGCUCCCUCCAUUAUCAGAUGGACAUUUUGCAGCAUCAAGCUUACGCUCUAUGUCGUCUCAACUGGGGCUCAAACCUGCGCAUCGAGACCGGCGAACGUCCUCGAAGGCUCACUGUUCACUACUGGACCCAGGCGCAGGGAGCCACCGGUGCAGCGCAGAAGGUCGACAGCCCCGCUGCGGGAGGCAGUGUUCAAAUCACCAUUGUCGAUCUGCCGGAUCAUGCAGGCGCUGCCAAGACUCUCGCUACCUUGUUCGACGACGAUGAACAUCAAACAGAUCAGGCCCGACCUGUCAAACCGACCACGGUGAAACGAAGAGGCUUGCAGGUCACGUGGGAUGCCCACUCAAGCAUUCUCGCAGACUCAACCACAUCCGACCUUUCCAUUUCUCCGCACAGUCUCGACAUUGAGGCGCUUCUCAGCUUAGUCAUUAAGCGACACACAGCCGCCCUGUUGCGCAAUCUGCAGCGACGCAUACUGGUCAGUGAUCAUCCGCUCUCACGCCUGCUACGCCCAGAAGACUGCACCCUUUGUGUCGAGGAUGCGCAAAGGCAAGGCGACGAGUUCUCGACCGCAACAGAGAUGACAGAAACCAGCUUCCUUCAGAUCGAGCUCCGUGGCAGCGAUCGUCAACGGGCAGGCAGAGCGAAGCAAGGUAGCAUGUCUGCCAUGCCUCCUCUCCGCCUCAGCGUCGACCCCGUCACAGGCCGCAUCCUCCUCGACUCGGAGCCAGCCCGGGUCUCGACGGACAUAGCUGUUCGAGCUGGGCCGCAACAGUCUGCAAGCUUUACUGCCUCAAUCCUUUCAACGCGUCCCACAUUUGCACGUCUCGCCGAGGCUUCGGAUCGCAUCAAUGGGUCCAUCGACGCGCUCUUCGACGUUCUCUACAAACUCGAGGUCUUUGCUCGUGUCGAGGAGUGGGAGAGAAUGGCUUCCUAUCUUGGCUUGCGUACUGUGCGCAAGCUCAAUCUGCGGCCUCAGGACUUGACAAAGUUUGGACCCUCUACAUCCCCAGAGACAGCGCCGAAGCUCUUCAUUCCCUUGCGCAACAGCUUUCCCGGCUACUUUCUGGCUCUGCAGCCGUCAGAGUUGGCAGGCGCAAGCAUUGGUUUGGUCUAUGUAGUGCAGAUGAUGGACGCUACAGGUGCGCCAUCGUUGACUGUUCAGUCCAUCGAAUGGUUGGAUAGAACCAAGAUCGCCAGUACUUCGAAAGCCGAACGAGGUUUCAAGAACAACGAUCUGGCAAUCGCAGCUGAAAUUGGUCAAAAACGCAAAGCUACAGGAGUUCAAGACGGCACAAUGACUGACGUCGCUUCUAGUAUCGGAACCAAGGACCUCACGAUGGAAGAGCUUGCAGACGUUCACUCGUACUGUAUCGCUCUCGUCUCCUACUUCCGUGUAGAGCAGCAGCUGCGCAUGCGAGGCAUCCCGUACUUACACGUUGGCAGCAAUACCGCCAGGUCGGCUCCACCAGCAAAGCGUCAACGACGGAUCGCAGCACCUGCAGGCGCUGGUGCGCAAGCUGACGUGCGCGACAAUGGUCUUUUCGAGGAUGACGAAGAUCCUAGCGGCGGCACAGCUCCAGGCGACGACGGAGGUGCUGAUGCCAGUCCGACACAUGAUGGGCACGACGCAAGCGAGCAAGCGACGGCCGACUCGCGCGUUGGUACCUUGGUGCCGACCCUCUGCCUCCGUGCCACAGAUUUGCUCGGUUCUGCAAAAGCACAUCUCACCAAACCCAACAUCUCGCUGCGUGUCCGCAAAUGGGACGACACUGACGCAUGCUGCGUGCAGGUGCUCGUCAAACUCCGUAUGAAGUCUGGGCGCUUCCGACAGCUGCACGAGGUUGUGGCGUACGCAACCACUUCGGACCAGCAUUCUACAUCUCCAGCGACUUGGAUCGAUUUUGACGAUGAGACAGCGUUGUUGACUCUGUCGACGCGCGACCUGGACAACUGCAUCCCUAUCUUUUAUACGCAGUGGGAACGCAUCAUGCGAAUGGUACAGCUCACACGAGAAGUCCUCAACGCCAGCCGAGCAUGGCAGCUGCGUGCACUGCGGUCUCGGAUCAGCUGCAAGAAGCCGUCUGAGAUCGUAGAGUUGCGACGAUUUGACUUUGACGUGGUCCUUUUCUCUUACGGGACUAUCAAAGUGGACGACCUAGAGCGCAAGCUUUUGGCCCACGUGAGAUGGCAGGACGCCAAGAUGGAGAUGGCGCCGUAUACCAACACGCCUAUGGCCCAGAGUGGUGGCUACAUCCUCGAGUUCGGCUCUAUUCCGACAAGCGAGAUUGAUGCUUUAGACAAAGUUAGAGAUGAUGCAGAUGCACCCAGCGCCGCUGGGGCGACAACUACAGCUGUUCAGCGAGAAGAUGCGGUCUCGCAAUGGUUCCACGACGCUCACGCUUCAGCCAAUCCGCACUAUACAAUGGCAUUCGAACUCCGGCGCACCGUCAACAUAGCAGCCCGCUCAGCAGCCAUGAGCGCAAUGGUGCAGCCUCAGCUGGAACGCUUGGUUUGGAAAGGGUUCUUCAAACUUCUGCAAGACACGUUGCCUCUAGUACGAGAGAUUGCGCCCUUGACGCAGAAGUGCUUGAGCGAUCCGGAGGUGCCUGAGGUCGAGAUCAAAGAUGCAACUUGGUUCAGGUUGCGGUUCCAAGAUCGGUACGCGCUGGACUUGAGGUUGGCCACACGAUCGAGGUUGGUUGCGUCGGAUGCUUCGCGGCCGUUAUUCCGAAGCGAGUCACAGGAUGCGUCUAAAGGUCUGAAUGCCGCAGAGCGCACAGAGCAGAGCAAAGAUGGUCUUUUCUCUGGCUCUGACCUGCUCAACAAUCUCGUUGCUGGCAAACCUGGCACAACCGACACCAAUGUCACAAGGCCGAAGGCAAAGAAGCGCACGGAUCUUUCGGCAGCAAUGCAGUUCCAACCGAUCCCCAACAUGGAUUCUGUCCUACGCAAGAUUCACACUUGGCUACGAACUUCUGAAGAUGGCGAAGCGGGACAGCAACGCGUAUGGGAUCUCCGUCGAGCGUUGCUCAUCUCUCUUGCUCCGUUGGACUAUGACAAACCAGAUGGAUUGGUAGGCAAGAUUCUGCCUAAAUUGGUCGAGAUGGUUCGUGCUGAGAUCGGGGCUGCUAGCGGAGAGUGA